GCAGCACUCUCAUGACCAGCACUCUGCUUGAUGCGCCGUCCGCCAAUUGCCUGCCAGCGAGCAGUGCAAUCGCUCCAGUCUCCCGCUCCGCAGCACAUCUGGGUUCCUGACGAGGUCCUGUCAUUGGCGGUACAUCGAUUUUUCUACAGCACCUGUCCACAACAAAGGCGCCAUGGCAGCAAUGUUCCCGGGCCAUUGGAGGCUAGGAAGAGAGCUGCGAAGCGUCGCAUGACAGCCUCAGCUGGAUACUACCCGCAGGAUAGCUUCCCCACCUUGUUCAGCCUCGGGGCGCUGUUCGGAUACCGGUCGAACCCGCAGACUUCAUGGAGAUAUGAGCCGCCAUCGUUACCCAGGAAUUUACCAGGAGUGAGCUCAUUCUCACCUGCCUGGGACGAUACGCCCUCCGCAGACGCGCAGUCUCGAUGCUCGGCCAUCGACCCGAACUCUGCCGACCGCAAUCUCCCACAAGCCCUCACACAUCAAUCUGCGCAGCUUGCAGAUAAAUAUGAAAGUUCUGGUGCUAUUGAUAUGCUGUCAUGGGACCUACCCACGACCGAGCCUGCCUGCAUUAGCCGCAACGAACUUGAGCGAAGUCUCGACAGCUUCAAAGCCGGCUUUGCAGCCGCGCAAAGCGGCAGCUCCACUCCGGUGGUGGAAGGACUCUUGAAAGGGCUUUUUGAGCGGAACUUACCCUCUACGCUCUACUUAUGCCAGUACUCUUCGGCGGUACUUCAACAUCUGGACUCGGCUGGAGGUAGCCCCGUUCCUGUGCUGCGAGUUCUGCUUGAAGACGAUGGACGGUUACUCCGCGUCUUGAAUCCACUUCAGAGGCCAAGUGACUGCGCGGCAUUUAUGGACAGUCUCGACAUGGUAUGGGAGACUGAACACAAGAGAAGGAAACCGUUCGUUCAUCGUGUCCUUAGAAUCAUGGCACAAUCGGCAACAGAGGCGGGAAAGUCAACAACAGAAGCGCAGGAUUGCAUCCUGCUGCAUUUGAUUGAACGGAUGGGCAACCGCGUUCCACACACAGAGCUGAAGACAUUGCACAGACUUGCACUGAAUCUCAGUGAGAGUGCUGAGAACAAUUUGCUGCUGUCCCAUUUCGACGAGACAAAGCGAGUCCAAGAAGUCGUUCUCUCCACAGUUCGCAACGUUGCUGCGGCACCGGAUGGCUUUGCAGGUGCAGAGCGUGCCUUGUCCUACAUGCCACGCCAUCAAUUGCUUAGUGUAGUCCCCGCAAUCACACUGCGUCUUGCCAAAAGGAUUACAAGCCACAACAUGGAAACAUGGCUACGUCUCGUACACCAGGUCGACGGGAAAGGCGAUACUGGCAAGAUGCUGCUGGAUGCUGCUCUAAGUUCGCUGGCAGGAACACUAGGUGUGCACGGCAACGGCAAGUGGUCGCCAUAUCCGGAUUCCCCAAAAUACUUUGUCAAAGCGGUGCUUCUUUGUCGAGGCAUCGAUUUGCAGAUACAACAUUCUGCGAGAACAUUGCCUCGAGUCCAAAACGCUGUAGCCGACGUCCUAGUUCAGCUGCAGGCACAGCCUAAGGCAUAUACUGCUUUCAUUGACUUGGCUUUGCUACUCGUUGCUCGCCAUGCCGGCUCCGCCACACUUCUGCGAUGCCUACGAACAAUGGAAGAGAAGGGACUGCCGCUGUCAACGCAGAUAGACUUCGCGUCAAUCAUCGUCGAUGAGCUUGCCGAGCUUCAACUCCCGACUACGAGCCUCUCGAAACCUCAGGCACGAGAGAGGGCCCUCACUCUACAAGCCUGCAAGAGGCUAAUCAAAGCCUUGAGCCGAGUCGGCUACGCGCUACCAGCAAUGACGGAAGAGGUCCGUCAAUUCCAAAAUGUCCUGGUUCACGCAAGAGCCAACCACGCUCUGCCCAUCGACCGCCGCAACGCCGCCACAGACUUGCCUUUGAUUGAGCGCAUUGUUCUGGUACACCAACUUGCUCACCACUACUCCAAGGACACAUCCCUUACACAGCGCGCAGCAUGGCGAUGCGUCUACUACUUGUACAAGUAUCUCGAAUCGAACUCACUUCCGCUCGGCCCCCUUUUCACGAAGUCUGUCACUCAAGUAUCGAUCACUCGCCCUUUAAUGGAGAAUCGAUUCAUCAGCGCUAGACGCCUGAUCUGGGUGUGCCACCUUGUGGCAAGAGUGGAAGGUGAUGCAGUAGCUGCGCGACUGGAAAACACUUUCCAUAGACAGCGAGGCGACAUCAUCGGCCGUGCUAAAGACACCUACAUUGGUGUCGGUGGAAGCAAACACAGCAAGGCGCACGUCGGGUCUAUGAAGAGGUUGGGAAUAAUAUGAGUAUGUAAAGAAAAGUAGGACGACCUCUAUGACAACUGAGAGAAGACGAUAUACCCUUGCUAGAAUUACACAAAAAUUGGGUUCGGAUUAGUGUCAUGGCUUGCCCUCUGUUGCUGACUGAACAG